GAUUAGCAACUAAUUCCACAUUUUAAAGUAGUUUUCAGACGCGGCCGGGACAGCAGCUGUGACCUGAAGUUAGGCGCUCCCGACUUGUUUGGCCUGCACCAAGUUCAUGAGCUAAAAAUGUGGAUUUUGUACCCUCCGGCCCAAGAAGAAGGGUCCGGGGGUAGGCUGAUGGCGGAUCCCUGAGUACGCACUUAAUUGCAAUGUAUUAGGUGCGGCCAAAUAUGUCGGUACGGAGUCUACACUUGACGCCUGUGAGGUCGGUACUUUAUUAUUUGCGUAUUAAAAAUAAGCAAAGAAUCCGAGAGCGCCAAGCGUGAGAGACAAGCCCGACUUCCAAGCUCUGAACCGACUAACUUAUCGCAGAAGACCCUGGGCCUUGAUUUCUUUUCCAUCUAGUUUCCAUCUAGUCUCCUACCAACAUCUUCGGUCAGACGUUGCGCCCCUGGAUUCUCAGCGGGUCCGGGGUGAUGGGGGGUCCAAUUCGCCGGGGAGUCCGCCCUCCAGCCGCCGGAGGCGGGACAGCGUGGGCGCCGCUCUAGCCCUCCGGCGAAGGCGCCCGCAUCUUGCUGGUGUGACGCACUUCCGGGGCGGGGAGAGAAAGAUGGCGGCGCCCAUCGAGGUAGCCGUGUGUACAGACUCGUCCGCCCAGUUGUGGAGCUGCGUCGUAUGGGAGCUCCACUCGGGCGCUAACCUGCUCACGUACCGCGGCGGCCAGGCUGGGCCCCGUGGUCUGACGCUGCUCAAUGGCGAAUACCUGCUGGCGGCGCAGCUGGGCAAGAACUACAUCAGCGCCUGGGAGCUGCAACGGAAGGACCAGCUCCAGCAGAAGAUCAUGUGCCCCGGGCCUGUUACCUGUCUGACCACAUCGCCCAAUGGCCUCUAUAUGUUGGCAGGGAUUGCAGAGAGCAUAUACCUGUGGGAGGUCUCCACAGGGAACCUCCUAGUCAUCCUGAGCCGCCACUACCAGGACAUCUCCUGCCUGCAGUUCACAGGGGACAGCAGCCACUUCCUCUCGGGCGGCAAGGACUGCCUGGUGCUGGUGUGGAGCCUGUGCAGUGUGCUGCAGGUGGACUCCUCCAGGACCCCAGCCCCCCGGCAUGUUUGGUCCCACCAUACCCUCCCCAUCACAGACAUGCACUGUGGCUUUGGGGGUCCCUUGGCCCGGGUGGCCACAGCAUCGCUGGACCAGACGGUGAAGUGUCUGUGGAGCCCCAUCCCAUAUCCCGCCUGCCCCCAGCUGUGGGAGAUCUCCUCGGGCGAGCUGCUGCUCUCUGUGCUCUUUGACGUGGGCAUUGUGGCUGUGACCAUGGACCUAGCUGAGCAUCACAUGUUCUGCGGUGGCAGUGAGGGCUCCAUCUUCCAGGUCGACCUCUGCACCUGGGUCUUUGAGCCAAUUGGGCUCUGCCCCAGCCCAUCACCCCAAUGCCCUGGGGCCCCCAGGGCUGAGGUACAACUGUAUCCCUCUGCUCACUGCCCCUCGGCCUCCACAGCCUGGACAGAGCGAGAAGAGCUUCCAGUCAGAACAGGACAGCGGGAAGGUGUUCAAAGGCCACAGACCUGUGUCCCCAGGAACCAGGUGACCUGCCUGUCAGUGUCCACUGAUGGCAGCGUGCUGCUCUCCGGCUCACAUGACGAGACCGUGCGCGUCUGGGACAUCCAGAGCAAGCAGUGCAUCAGGACAGUGACCCUCAAAGGUCCCGUGACCAACGCCUUCAUUAUGCUGGCGCCGGUCAGCAUGCUGAGCUCCGACUUCCGGCCCAGCCUGCCCCUGCCACACUUCAACAAGCACCUGCUGGGCGCUGAGCAUGGGGAUGAGCAGCGCCGCGGGGGCCUUACUCUGCGCCUGGGCCUCCACCAGCAGGGAUCGGAGCCCAGCUACCUGGAGCGGGCAGAGCAGCUGCACAUGGUAAUGUGCAGCACAAUGGAAAAGAAUGUGCUGGGCGGCCAGGACCAGCUGAGGAUCCGAAUCACGGAGUUGGAAGACGAGGUCCAGAACCUGCGCAAGAUCAAUCGAGACCUGUUUGACUUCUCCACGCGCAUCAUUACUCGGCCUCCAAAAUGAGUGCAAGGACCAGACUUCUACCCAGGGACAGCCCGGCAGAGCCCCCCAUCCUGGGGCCACUGGGCCAAAGCCCCCAGACCAACAGCUCUGUUACAAGCUCUCCUUUCCCUGGUUCCGUGUUUGGAUUGUUACUUGCAUGAGGAGUCGUUUUGUCUGUGUUGAUCCACUCGUGUCUGUUGUGUCCAGUUGGUGCUAUUUUGUUAACAAAAGAUCUAAAAGUC